ACAGCCUGGCUCAGCCUGGCCUCCAGCGCGGCUCUGCAGAGACGGGCUGCUCCAGCAGCAAGAGCAAGAUGAAAGCGCGUUACUCCUUCUCCUGCCUCCUCCUCCUGAGCUUGGGUGCCUGCUUCCCUCCUCACGACAGACCAGAGAGGGGAGAGCCAGGGGGACCGCUCUGGUGGCUGGAGACCAGCUGGCGGGGCACUGCAGACGACACCUCUCAGGCCAGCCUGUGGAAGGAAGGGCUGAGGCGGAGGAGCUCUGAAGACCUCCGCUCCCUGUUCAGCGUGGCCAAGGAGCUCCAGGGCUUUGGCAAGGAGAGGGCCGGCUUCAGGUUCCGGUUCGGGAGGCAGGAGGAGAGCCGGGAAGGCGAAGAGGUCGGUUUCCUGUGGGGGGACGGCGAGAAGCGCAGCGGCACCCUGGGGAACCUGGCGGAGGAGCUCAACGGCUACAGCUACAACAGGAAGAAAGGGGGAUUCAGCUUCCGCUUUGGCAGAAGAUGAAAGACUGAACUUCAGUCACCUCCUGGGGAUCUUACCCUUUACUCUGCCCUUCCCAACUCCCGCCACAGAAGUGCUCCAGGUCUCACCCUUUUCUACCCUGCCAGCUAGUUUCCCUCGGAGAAGAGGGCUGGGGGAGGAUGCUGUUCUUCGCUCCCAUGCGCUCCCCAUCACUUUCACUUCUGACACAGAUUGCACAUCCCUACCUGACUGUCCUUGUCCCUGCCAGGCCUGCCUCUGAUUGGGGUGGCAUGGAGAGGAGGGGGGAGGAUGGGAUGGCAGGUGGGUGUUUAUAAAAGAUGGAUGUAACCCGCCUGCAAAUAGCACUGUCUUUUCAAAAUGCUGCUUUUGCCGAACUCACUAAAAGCAGCCCUGACCCUCCCCCAAGCGCCGGCUGUCCCCGAUUGUUCUGUGCGGCCGCCCGCUCGGGUGUCAGCGCGCUGAGAGGGGGGCGAUGCCGUGAAUAAGAAUAGGCCAGGCCGGCACCACCAUGCGAGGAAGUGGAAGGUGAAGAGACUGAAUGAUUAUAGGGGGAUAAUCAAAGUGUCGACAGUCUCCAUAGGGACUGCCUGGAGCUGACAUCCAGACUAUGGCUGUGAAUGAAGAACAGGUUCCCUCGGGCACCAUGGGCCGUUCUAAAAGUUCCUGCUCGCUUGCUCAUUAACACACACGCCCACUCCAACCGGCAGCAAACUCCGCUGUCUCAAAAUGCCAUUUACAGCAGGAGGGCUCCUGUGCACACCGGGGCCAGGCACCCAGGGGUCAUCCUUUGGACUCCCCCAGAGCGGCCAUGCCGACCAGCCAGAGGAGGGGCCAGAGUGUUGCUGUCUCCCAGAUCUGAUUC